AACUUGCUGGGAACUAGUUGAAGUGGAGCAGGACAGUUCCCUGUCACAGUGUAUAGGAGGCAGCCAGCGCAGGCUCCAGCAGCAUGGUGGCCCCCAGCGCCUGUGCCCACAAGCUCCUGUCCUUCUUCCCCUUCCUGCUCGUCCUGUUUGAUCUGCAGUAUGAAGGUGUGGAAAGCGGAAUAAAUGCAGACGUUGACAAACACCUUGAAAUGGGGAAGAAGUUGUUAGCUGCCGGGCAGCUUGCUGAUGCUUUAUCACAUUUUCAUUCAGCCAUUGAUGGAGAUCCAGAUAACUACCAGGCAUACUACAGAAGAGCAACAGCGUACCUGGCCAUGGGCAAAUCUAAAGCCGCAAUCCCUGAUUUAAGUCGAGUGAUUGAGCUGAAACCAGACUUCACAUCAGCAAGAUUACAGAGAGGACAGUUACUGCUGAAACAAGGGAAAUUGGAUGAAGCAGAGGAGGACUUUAAAAGAGUGAUGAAGUCUAACCCCAGUGAUCAAGAGGAGAAAGAAGCUACGUCACAACUGGCAAAGUCAGAUGAAAUUCAACGCACGCGUUCACAAGGAAUUGCAGCCUACAACCAAAAAGAUUACACAACUGCAGAAAGCUUGCUCAACAUUGUCUUGGAGACUUGUGUGUGGGAUGCAGAAAUUCGAGAGCUGCGGGCAGAAUGCUACAUCAAUCAAGGAGAGCCCAGGAAGGCCAUCAGUGACCUGAAAGCUGCCUCCAAACUAAAGAGUGAUAAUACAUUAGCCUUCUACAAAGUCAGCCGCAUAUAUUAUAAUUUGGGGGACCACGAGAUGUCGCUCAGUGAAAUCCGGGAGUGUUUAAAACUCGAUCCUGAUCACAAGGAUUGCUUUUCACAUUAUAAACAAGUGAAGAAGCUGAACAAACAGAUCCACACUGCUGAGGAGCUUAUACAGGAAGGAAGGUAUGAAGAUGCCAUCAGUAAAUAUGGAGGCGUUUUAAAAACCGAGCCAAAUGUCCCUAGUUAUGCUGCACUGGUCCAGGAACGUUUGUGUCACUGUUACACAAAGAAUCAGCAGCCUACCGAAGCCAUCAAAGAGUGCACAGAAUUCCUGCAGAAAGAUCCAAAUAAUGUGAAUGCACUAAAGGACCGAGCAGAAGCUUACGUGCUAGAAGAAAUGUAUGAAGAAGCUAUUCGGGAUUAUGAGACGGCACAGCAAAACAGCGAAAAUGAUAAACAGAUAAGAGAAGGUCUAGAAAAAGCACAAAAGCUCCUCAAGCAGUCCCAAAAAAGGGAUUACUAUAAGAUCCUGGGGGUAAAAAGGAAUGCCAAGAAACAGGAAAUCAUAAAAGCUUAUAGAAAGCUGGCACAGCAGUGGCACCCAGAUAACUUUCAAGAUGAGGUACAAAAAAAGAGCGCAGAGAAGAAAUUCAUUGACAUUGCAUCUGCCAAAGAAGUCUUAACAGAUCCAGAAAAGAGAAGUCGAUUUGAUGCAGGUGAAGAUCCUUUGGACCCUGAGAGCCAGCAAGGAGGAGGUGGGGAACAUUUCCAUCGAGGAUGGAACCAGUGGCAGGGAUUCAAUCCAUUCGGCUCAGGAGGACCUUUCAAUUUCAAAUUCCACUUCAACUAGAGACUAAAUUGGUGGCACUCUCACGCACCUUGCUAGCAAAGAAAAUAAAAUGUUUUGUUACAGAGCUGUACAACUUCCCCGGGAGAUUGGCUGGAUGACUGCUGUGCAGGCUUCCAGUCAAGUGCAGUAAAGUCAACCAGACACAGCUGUUUGGACACAUUGUCAGAGAAACCUUUUCAUUUUCUGAGUAUUGAAGACAGACUUGAAUUGGUGUCCAGCUAUUAUUUUUCUUCCCAAUGACAGUAUUUCUAGAGGAAGAAAUACUAAUUUAUUUACCUUCCUUCAUCAUUCAGGAACAAUCCUCAAGUAGGGAGAGUUCCAGGACCCUCAGCCAUCUGAGGACUUAUCAGAGAUACCAGCUUAUAUUAAAGUGACAGUAUAAAGCCGUGCCAAGUCUUCAUACCUAAACUGUUUACCAAGGAAUUGUUACCUACCUGAAACCAUUUUCCAAAUAUGUAAAAUGAAGGUAGAUUAUAUCUACUCUACUUCUCAGAUGUCUAGUCCUUUAUAAUCCAGACACUUUAUUCUGGAUCAGCAGACCCAUGUGUAGGUCUCCAGGAGGUUCCCGAAACCCAUUAACACAAUCCUUUACCAGCAGCAGAGGGGAACUGCUCUCAAACUGUAGUGUGCUUGU